AUGGCGGAUACUACAUCCUCAACGCGGCAAUUGUCUUCAACUGUGGAAGAAGAACAAAGUACACGGAACACAACAGAGUUUCAAAACAUCCACGCAGCAUAUAGACUAAAUGGAAAAAAUUAUUUGAAGUGGUCUCAAUUGGUUCGAAUAUUCCUGAAAGGAAAAGGAAAGUUGUGUCAUCUAUUGGAAAUAGCAUCGGAUAGUGAAACGGCGAGGUUUGAAGCAUGGGAACAAGAGGAUUCAAUGAUCAUGUCUUGGUUAUGGAAUUCCAUGAUUCCUGAAAUCAGCGAUACAUGUAUGUUUCUUCCUACAGCAAAGGCAAUUUGGGAUGCCCUUCAUCAGACAUAUUCCAAGGUUAAUGAUGCAGCUCUUAUUUAUGACAUCAAGACAAGGACAACUGGAGCAAAACAAGGGACAAAAAUAGUGACAGAGUAUGCCAAUUUUCUGCAAAACCAGUGGCAGGAACUGGAUUAUUACAGGACACUUGAUUUGAAGUGUAGCAAAUGUGCAGUGUUUAUCAAGAAGUUCAUAGAAAGGGAUCGAGUUUAUGAUUUUUUGGCUGGCCUAAACUCUGAAUUCGAUCUUGUACGAAUUCAAAUUUUGGGCAGGCCAGAAUUUCCCUCUUUAACAGAAGCAAUAUCCCAGAAAGGUGGCCAGCAAAGGCAGGCUCAUACGUCGGUUCAAGAUCCAACUCAAGUGAUUGGAGGGUUUAGUAUGGAGGAAAUUGAGAAGCUUAAAAGUAUGUUAGAGACAGUUGAUAAACCAACAACUAACAAUUCUCAAUCAAGGAAUCCGGGUAUGUGUUCAUUGACACUUUCAAGUAAGGCUCUAGUCUCUUUUGCGUUUAGUGUUUUUGGCAAUGAGCUUAGGAAUGUCUGGAUUCUUGACUCUGGUGCUACGGACCAUAUGAGUCAUAUUUCAAAUAAAUUCAAAACCUAUAACCCCUAUCCUAGCAAUAGAAAGAUUGUUGUCGCAGAUGGUACUACAACCACUGUGACAGGUAUUGGAGAUGUCCAAGUUACUCCAAAUUUGAUUCUUAAAAAUGUUCUUCAUGUUCCUCAGUUAUCUACAAAUUUGGUUUCUGACCGGGGAUCGGGGAAGAGGAUUGGACUUGCUAAGGAGCAUGAUGGACUCUAUUACUUGGAUACAUCCAGUCAACCAGAAUUUAGUAAAUCUGCCCUGUCCACAUUAUUUUCACCCUCCAAUAAGGAUGUCAUCUGGUUACAUCAUAGACGUCUAGGUCAUGGGGAGUUAGAUACACUUAAAGAUAAGGAGUUAAAAUUUUCCUCCUUAGAGUUGUCCACAUCUGAGUCAUCCAAAUCUGAAUUCCAAGAGUCAAUUCUUCAAUCUGAUGUGGUAGAAGAAAAAAAGGAAGAUCGUAAAAUCUAUGACUGGUUCCGGUUUGACCAAGUGUAUACAAGGAAAGGAGAUCCCAUCGUGGUUACAAGGCAAGAACAAUCCUCUAAACCAAGCUCCAGGAAUGAGGUAAUAAUGAGUGAAUCAAAUCUGAAUUCUACACCACCGACUGACCAUUCUUCCAGCUCUAAAUCACCUUGUCCUGAACCUCUUAGCCUUGACCAGGACCUACAUCUACCUAUUGCUGUAAGGAAAAAACCCCAAGAAUGCACCAAAAGACCCCUAUACCCAUUGUCUCACUUUGUGUCUUUUGAGAAGUUUUCCCCAAGCCAUCAAAGCUUCCUUUCCACCUUAAACACAGUCUCUAUUCCUAACUCAUUGUCUGAAGCACUAUCAAAGAAAGAAUGGAAACUUGCUAUGGAAGUAGAAAUGGAUGCAUUAGAGAAGAAUGGGACCUGGGAAUUAGUUGAUUUACCAAAGAACAAGAAAGUAGUGGACUGUAAGUGGGUGUAUGCAGUAAAGUUUAAAGCAGAUGGGCCCCUAGAACGCUACAAGGCAAGGUUAGUCGCGAAAGGAUACACACAGACAUAUGGAGUAGAUUAUCGGGAAACGUUUGCUCCAGUAGCAAAGAUGAAUACAGUAAGAAUUCUGCUAUCCUUGGCUAUUAAUUUUGAUUGGGAAUUACAACAGUACGAUGUGAAGAAUGCUUUUUUUUCAUGGAGAGUUAGAAGAGGAGAUUUAUAUGAGCAUUCCACCGGGAUUCAGUGGGGUUGA